UUUUAGUUUAACGUUAUUGACUAACAUAGUUUAAUUGUAUUAGAUGUAAUUGUAAUUUAAUCAAGUGAAAUUAUUUAUAAAUUUAUAAACAAGCAAAAUUUGUUACAGUGAUAACACUGUAACAAAUUUUGGGCAAACGGUUCAUUUUCUCUUUCAAGUUAUGAAGUAGUUAAUAAGUAUUCGAUGGAAGACUAAAUUAUUUAUUAAUAAAAGUAUUGCGACGUUUUUAAUGUGCAUUUAUCUAUAAUGUCUUUAACUGCAAAAGAUUUAACUAAAUUAUUGGAGCUACUAGACGAGGAAAAUGCAAGCACAUCUUUGGAAAACUUAUCCUAUCAACUUCAUAUGAAUUUUCCUAGAGAAGAUCGUUUCAAGGUUGGAAUGACUCUUUUACUUUUGCUACAACAUGUAGAUCUAUUGCCAAAAGAAUUGCAGAGGAUAAUAGCUGUAGCAAUGCUUUUUGAUCUUUACAAAGGAGAGCCUUUAGCCUCCUCACCAUUUGCUCCAGUUUUUGUGCAAAUAUUGAAAACACCUGGAGAGAAAAUUGAAAAAUCUCAUUUUUCAGGACAUAUUCCAGUUCUGUCUCGUUGUGAAAAAUAUUUAAUAGCCAGUUUAAUGGGCUACAGUUAUAAAGAUAUGAUCAAGAAAACUCCUAGACAAAUUAUUGAAGAUUUAUACCCUCUCACUACUCCACCACCGUGUGAUUCAACAGAUUUACAAUUGCAAUUAGUGGAACGGCAAUCUGAACUUCCUGCAAUUGAAAAAUGCGGUAACCCAGUCAUUAUAUCAGACAUAGUAGACCGACCAAAAGUGGGAACAACAAAUGAUGUAGAUACUAUGAAAAAUCUUAGUAAAGGUAUUUUAGAAUCCCUUGUAAUAGGGGAUCCACCAGCAUAUGCCCAAAGUUAUCAGCCAGAAUUUUUAAGGCCAGCUCCACCGGUUCAUCGAUCUACACUCAAUGAAGUACCUUGGAUGAAUAUGACAGAACCAAGUCAAUUCAAACUAGAAUAUGAUACCAGUAUGUGUGUGUCUAAUUGUGCUGGAGCAGAAGCAAGAAGACUUAUGGGUAGAGCCUUCAAAAGUGUCUUAACAUUACAGCAACAGCAGCAUCUUGUAACUGAACUACAUAAAGAUCCAAAACUUGUUUAUCACAUAGGACUGACACCUGGAAAAUUACCUGAUCUUGUUGAAAAUAAUCCAUUGAUUGCAAUAGAGGUUUUAUUGAAAUUAAUGCAAUCCAGUCAAAUAACUGAAUACUUUAGUGUCCUUGUUAAUAUGGAAAUGUCUUUGCAUUCAAUGGAAGUUGUUAACAGACUAACAACAACAGUGGACUUGCCUACAGAAUUUGUUCACCUUUACAUAAGUAACUGUAUAUCAACUUGUGAAACAAUUAAGGAUCGUUAUAUGCAAAACCGUCUAGUACGACUCGUAUGCGUUUUUCUUCAGUCUUUGAUUAGGAAUAAAAUAAUUAAUGUCCAAGAACUAUUUAUUGAGGUUCAAGCAUUUUGUAUAGAAUUUAGUCGUAUUAGAGAAGCAGCUGCAUUAUUUCGUUUACUUAAACAACUUGAAUCAGGUGAUACAGCAGGUUUAAACUCUACACCCACAACAAAAAAUAAAAUAGAUAUAUGUUGAAAUUGAUUUUCAAAAUUGUGAGCAUGAACUCAAUGAAAUAUGAAAUAAAUAUUAUUUUGUAAAAAUGUAUCAAAUGCAAUAUUUGAUCAAUUAUACAUAAUUGUAUUGUAUAGAAUAUGCUGUAAAUAU